UCAUGGUUCACACUCGAUCGAUCCGAGCUGGUAAUUCAUCUCUGCCUCAUGGGCAAGGUCAACCUCCCAACAACCUUCCACCUCUGAUCCCACCUCAGAUCCCACCUCAAUUUCCACCUCAGGUCCCAACCAUAUUCCCUCCUGUUGAUCAUGCAGAAGGAGGAGAUGAAAACCAACCCCAUACCUCAGCUCACAAUUCAACUUCCACGGCCAGCCAAGACGUGGUGACAGCUCAGCUUGCUGCCAUGCAGCAGCAGUUUGGUGUUUUUCAGUUGGUACUGGCUCAACUUCUAGCUAGAAAUAAUCCUGGUGAUCCCCUAAUUAAUUUACUAAACCCUGCUCAACAACCCCCAGCUCCACAACAAAACCCCCAACCGGUUCAACCUACUCCCGUUGUUAGUGAAUCCCAAGAUCAAUCCCACGUAGCACCCGCUCAACAACCCAUCCCUGAUGAUGUUACCCGUCGCCUUGAUAGCUUAGAAAAGCUGGUAGCUGAACACCGAGGUGCCCCACCCCCACACCAUGCUGCUAAUUCCAUACCUCACCCCUUGAAUACCAACAUCACGCUAGAACCCUAUCCUACUGGCUUCAAAAUACCACAAUUGGAGACUUAUGAUGGGACGAAGGAUCCCGAUGAUCACCUGCAUGCUUUUUACUCUUGCAUGCAAGCUCAGAACACCUCUGACGCGCUGAUUUGCAAAAUUUUCCCCUCUACUCUGCGAGGUAAUGCUCGAACUUGGUAUUACAGUUUACCUCCGAGGUCGAUCAGCUCUUAUACAGAAAUGGCAUCUGCCUUUGCCACUAAGUUUUCCAGUAGAAGGUUGAUUAGGAAAACUACUUCUGAGUUGAUGAGGGUUAAACAGAGGGACGGGGAGUCUCUGAAGAACUACAUGAGCAUAUUCAAUGAUGCAGUAUUGGAGGUUAGUUCUUUUGACCAAGUUGUGGGCAUUACGGCUGUAAUUGCUGGUCUCAAACAUGAUAGGUUUAGAGACAGUUUGAUCAAACAUGCUGCCACCACCUUUAGCGAGGUGAAUGAUCGGUCUCUUAAGUUUAUAACCGUUGAGGAGUAUGCCCUGGCACAAAACCCACCCCCCUCUAAGAACCAGAACCCAGAAUGGAGAGACGACAAUCCGAGCCGGAAAAGGAUGAGGAUGGCGCAGAACCGAGGUCCGAUGUUGACCUCCCCACCGAGAUUUGGAAAGCCGAACUCAACACCCCAGCAACAGUCUGCAGCUCAGAAGGGAAUGCUGAAUGAGUAUGUACAGCGAGUUGAACAGCCGAGGUUUGUCAGAGAACAGAGGCCGCAGCCUCAAGGAGCCCGCAAUCCCCCAAAUAGGCAAGGUGUGGGAUAUCAACAAACCCCACCUCCACUCCCACCACCAGCUAGAAUCAUACAUAUGAUUACGGGAGGCCUUGAAGCAGGUGGAUUGAGCUCUAAGCAGCGAAAGCUGUAUGUUAGGGAGGUUAAACAUCAAAACCAAGCUCAGAAGAGGAAGAUCGACGAUGCUGAAUGGAAGAAUCAACCAAUUACUUUCACAUCUGCUGAUCUCGAUACAGUUGUUACACCCCACAAUGAUCCUUUGGUCACUUUUGUCAUGAUUAACAACUGUGAAGUACAACGUGUCCUUGUCGACACUGGGAGUGCACCAGACAUCAUGUACUUCCACUGUUUCGAGAGUCUGGGACUAGAUCCAGCAUUGUUGCAGAAGUAUGAUGGUCCUAUCUAUGGUUUCAAUAACCAACCUGUUCCGGUAGAAGGAAUUCUUACCCUCUAUGUGGCUUUUGGGAGGGUCUCACCUCUGUAUGAAGUUCCCAACUCCCAUGGGAAUAGCAACACUGCGAGGAAACCAGGAGGUGGCCAAGCAUUGUUAUAUCACCUCGGUAACACAACCCAUGAAGGGCAAAGCUCAGACACCCGAAGCCAUUCCCCAGAAAAUUUCUGAUAAUCAGCAAGUUAUGGGUGUU